AUGUCCUGGCGCUGGCGUGGGCCCUUGAAAAAAGCUCAGCCCGCGCUGCCAAAACCUUUUUUCCUCCUGUCCUCCUUAAGCUUCUUCUCUGUCCUGGCGACGAGAAACUUCCGUUCUGCGUCCAAGGCUGGCGCGUGUAAUUUUAUAGGAUGCUCUGAGUACACAAUGAUAUCUCGUAAUUGCUUGCGGCAAUGCCGCGCAGUGGCUGGGCGUAUUCCCCGUGCGAAUCCCGCCCGUAUGCGCAGCAUCGCUCUAUCUAGACAGAACGUUCAGACCUUUGCCUCCGUACCCGAUGCGAAAAAUGGCACAUCCAUACCCUCCGAGCCAUGUGACGAGGCCGAGCAUGCGUCGCCCUUCAAGCAGCAGCGCCGGUCAGACCUGGGCAAAGAUCAAGCGAGCGGAUCGCCUCUUUACCCCGAGUCUUAUCCUCGCAUAGAGCCGUCAGAGGCACGCAUGGCCGUCCCAGAAUUUCUUGAAAGUGAAGAGAACGAAUUGUCUCAGCCUCUCAUCAAUCUGGUUGGCCGUGUGCGCGCUAAGCGUGUCGUUGGCAAAAAUCUCGUCUUUCUUGAUAUCGUAAACGAGUUUCAAAAAGUGCAAAUCGUGGUGAAUAAGUCCAAGUGUGUCGAGCCUCUGGACAAUAUCUGUACACACAACUCCAAGAAGUUCCAUCUCUUCAGGUCGCUCAUCCAAGUUGGCGAUCAUAUAUCCGUCAAUGGUGUUCGUGACCAUACGCCUGCUGGUCUGUUGACCCUUGCCGCGAGAGAGAUCCCAGAGCUCCUGUCGCCAACCAUGGAGCAAAUACCCGAAGUUCUCACCGACUCCAAGACCAAAAUGCAAGACCGCCACGUAGACAUGCUCGUCAACAAGGAGACUGUCGACGUCCUGCGUCUUCGUUCCGAAAUUACCAAGCACAUGCGCGAUCACUUUCACUCGAAGCGGUUCCUCGAAUUCCAAACUCCCAUCUUGGCCGAGAACGCCGGAGGCGCGAUUGCUCGACCGUUUGUUACGCGUGCCACCGAGUUCAAAGACAAGGACCUGGCACUUCGUGUGGCUCCGGAGCUCUGGCUGAAACGACUCGUUGUUGGUGGUGUCGACAGAGUCUUUGAAAUUGGCCCUGCUUUCCGCAAUGAAGGCGUCGAUGCCACACACAAUCCUGAAUUCACAAUGUGUGAAUUCUACAGCGCAUAUUCUAGUCUGCCAGAUUUGAUCAAGGAGACGGAGGAGCUGCUCAUUAGCCUCGCCAAGCAUACGCAAAAGCUCAUCCAAACGCAACUCACCUCUCUGCCGCCGAUCGAUCUGCAAAAGUUCAAACGGCCAUUCAAGCAGGUCGAGUUCGUGCCUGCCCUGGAGGAAGCCACUGGCGUUCGCUUCCCCAAGCUUUCUGCAGAAGAUGCCCUGCCGGAGCUUCUUGCCCUUAUGAAGCUGGCGGGCAUCGAUAUUCCUGGCGACAUCCCUACUUCGCUGCCCAGGCUUCUCGAUCGACUGGCCGCCAUGUACAUAGAGCCCAAGUCGUUUGAAGAGCCUCUCUUCAUUAUCAACCAUCCGGCUUGCAUGUCGCCGCUAGCCAAGAGCUUUCUGUGUCCCAAGACAUACCAGCUGGUAUCCGCUCGUGCUGAGUUGUUCGUCGGCGGCCGUGAGCUCGCCAACAUGUAUGAGGAGGAAAACGACCCCAAGGAACAGCAGCGCAAGCUUACCACACACCGAAAUCUGGUCAACACGGAAGAUGGAGAGGUCGGCAUCAACGCUCCUGUGGAGAAGUCGAACGAUAAUGAAGCGCCGAAGGACGAAGAGACUCUUGAAGACGAGGUGGAGAUGGAGGAAUUGAGGAUGGAAGAAGAAGAGACAGACCAGGAAGUCUUCGACAACCAUAUGAAGAGGCCUGAGGAGGAAGACGAAUGGGCCACAUCACCGCUCGAUCGAAGCUACAUUAAGGCAUUGGACUACGGCUUGCCUCCUACUGGUGGCUGGGGCUGUGGUGUUGAGCGUCUCGUCAUGCUCUUCUCUGGUGCCAAUCGCAUCAGCGACUGUCUGAGCUUUGGCACAAUCCGAAACGUCGUCGGUUUGUCGUCUGACGCUGCCAAGAAGGAGGGUGGCAAGCCUUGA